CGUUGAAACCUUGUGCUGCAUUCAAUUCCCUUCUAAGAAUUUCAUGAGCUUCUCGUCCCCUUCCUUAUCCCCCAUAGCCACCAUUAACAACCCGUAAGAAGCUCUUUUCAACUAGCAUACACAAAACGUCAUAGCCAAAAUCUUCACAUGUACUCAUUCCUUGUCACACCCAAAAUGUUUUCCCUACAUUCCUGCUUCUGAAGGGUCAACAGUUGAGGAUUCAAAGCAGCAAUGAGGGUUUUAGGGGAGUCAUGGUGUUUUUGUAAUGGUGGAGGAAAGUCGGAGAGAACCAAAGCCUCCAUUUUCUCCGGCAAAGGUCCCGCUAUGGCUCGAAUAUUCACCGACGGAUUGGUUUCCGGUACCGGAUUCCUUAUCCACCGGAACCUUCUCCUUACAACACACGCCAUCCUUCCGUCGGUAGCUGCCGCCGAGGCCGCCGAGAUCCGGCUUCAAAACGGUGUCGGCGCUUCCCUUUUCCCUCACAGGUUUUACAUAACUAGCUCUGUUCUGGAUCUAACAAUAGUGGGCGUAGACUCCAUGGAUGGUGACUCAAAUGCACCAAAUCAGCAACCUCACUACCUGCAAACCUGUUGUAAAUCAGGUCUAAACCUGGGUAACAUAGUCUAUAUUCUAGGCUACACCGAUAAAAACGAGCUAACUGUUGGUGAAGCAAAGGUGGUGAUAGCAACCGACAAUCUCAUAAAGGUCUGCACCGAUGGAGUCACAUGGAGCCCCGGUUCGGCCGGGUUCGACCCACAAGGUAACCUCUCGUUCAUGGUCUGUGACCCUAUGAAGUUAGCCACCUCCCCAAACACAAAAUCCUCUUCCACCACCACCACCUCAUCAUCUUCUUCAUCAUGGAAAAAAGAUCUCCCAUUGCAAUUUGGAAUCCCGAUUCCUGUAAUCUGUGAUUGGUUAAACCAAAAUUGGGAAGGCAACCUGGAUGAUUUGGUAAACAAACCAAAAUUACCCCUCAUUCGAUUAAUGUCCACAGGUCAAAAAAGUGAACAAUCAUGUACUUCCUUCACUAUGCGACAAGUUUUUAAAACAAUCGAUCCUCACCAACCCGAAAACAUAACCUCAAAAUCAGAAGACCAACCGGACCCGGACCCAGAAUCGGACCCCAGUUCCAGUUCUUCUAUAGGUGAAACCCCGACCCGUGAUCAAGGAAUCCGGACACCCGAGAUAUACGAGUCGCCAAAAUUGAUCUCGGGUCCUUUCAGAAAUUACCAAAAUACCCCUCAGAUUCAGCUUUUGGAUAUCAACUUCCCUCCUAAGAAUAAGACCAAUAAGAUUUCUAAUCCUAAUCCUAAACCAUCUGGGCCGGUGGUUAAAGAGCAAUCAGAAGCGGAGAUGGGUUCGGUGACCGGGCCCAAGAGUGAGGUGUCGGUGUCAGAGGGGCAAAAUGGGUAUAUCAGUGAAGGGGAAACCACGAUGUACUCGGCUGAAACAGCUGAGAGCCGUAACUACCCGAGUCCUAAAGAAGGGCGUUUUGGUCAGAAAGGAGUUGGGAUUGGGAGGAGCCAAAGCUGUGUAAACUACAACCGAAAAUGGGUGCCGGUUCAGGGGAACACGGUGGCUCGUGGGAGGUCGCUUGAAAAGCAGAGAAGCUAUAUUCAGCAGGGUCUCGUAGUAGGCCCAGUGCGGUUCACUCUUCACCAAAAUGGGCGUUUUAAUGUCGUUUUGAGUUUGAGAUAAAGAUUUAAUAAAUCUAAUUUUUUGGGAUAUGUUCUUGCAUUUCCAUCUAAUCAGUUUAAUUGUAAAUUUUUUGUGACGAAUUUGGAAAGCCAGAAUUAUAUGUUUGUCCUUUGUAAAGAUACUUGUUCAUAAGG